AUGGCAAAUCAAGCCAGGAACAAGGGCAAUGAAGUCCCCCUCGCAGCACCUGACUCCAGCACUGACCACAGGGGCAGGACAGAGACACCAGGGACACCAGCACCAUCAAGGCGCCGGGGCAGGCCACUAAGGCGCCGGGGCAGGCCAUUAAAAAAGGUACAGGCACCCCCACCCACCAAGGACAGUGACAGCCUCAUCCCUGUUCAAUGGCCCUCCAGCACCAUCCCCAGGGACAGCUACAGGAGGGUGAGGUUCGACGAGCUCUUCCCCGCUAGAUCCAUGACCACCCCACGACGCAAGCUGCUGGAGGAGGACAGUAGGAGCCUGCAAGUGAGAGUCGUCUUGCAAGGGGGUACCAUGGGUGGACUCCCCGGAAAACAGCAAUGCACACCCACGCCGUCAGGUGCCCUGCAGCACCGGGGCAGUACUGCCUGUGAACAGAUCAGAGCAUUGCCCUACCCCUCUACGGGCCAUUCUUUCUUUCUACGGCCUAGAGGUGACAAAGUAACAACACCCGCCACCACUGUGAGGGGCAGGAGGCAGGGGUCCAAGGCUCCAAGUCACAAGAAAGACAUCAGUUCCGCUCUCUGUUCCAGGAACCACAACACCUCCACGUCCUUCAAGUCUUGCCAUGGCAAGCCGACAGAAGGCACCUGUCCUCUUACCUCCCAGACUCCUAAGACAGCAAUCACUAGUAGCUGCUCCCAGACCCCUACCAGAGACACAACUGCCAAGCCUGGAGGGAAGGCAGAGUUUGACACAGCUAUAGUGAGUACCAAUAGCAAAAAAAAUUCCCAAACAGCCUUUUCCAGCAAGGGCUUAGAAACACCCUUGGCAAACUCCCUCAGGAAUCUAUGUAUGCAGGAGGUAGCAGAGCCCAUUGCUGGGAAGGACAGCACUACCUUCAAGGAGCGGGACAUGUCGGACAGAAGCCUCAUCUGCCUCCCAGCAUCAUGCCAUAGUCCCUCAUUGCCAGGCAUCACUCGCAAUGUGCCCGCUCGCCCAGUCAAGAUGAAGGGUGUGGUGGACAGGUCGCAGCCACACAGCCUCCAUAGCAAGGUCAGGUCAUUGGGACAUUACUUCUCCCAGCCUGUGGACAGCUUUGAGGGAAACUUGUCAGCUGGUCAUACUCCCCAAGGCUUACAGCAGUUAGAGGUGCCUCAACACUUUCAGGCUUUGUCACACCCCACCCCUCAUGAGAGCAGUGUGAGGCUCACCAAGAAUUUCCCUCCCCUCAGUAGCCCUGCCCCUCAAGUGGUCCCUGUUCAAGCCAUAAGAGAGAACUCCCCACCUCAUCAUUUACCAAACAAUCACAAAAUUAUGAUUGAUGAGGUCCAGCCCCUUAUGUUAGGCCCACCUACAUUCUCACAGCCACAUCACAGCACAUCACUGCCACCUGAGUCACUUAACAAGAUAGUAAUGAGAACACCCGAACAGGUGCCUCCUACAGAAGGGGUGCCUAAAGACAUGAGAUCGUUCUGGCCGGCAAUGUCACCAUUUAUAACUUCCGGCAACAUGACACAAGCUAGAUCUAUGAACACUGCAGUACGAACUGAACUACUUGAGAACAACAUGACACAAGGAGAAUCUUUCAAAAAUAACUCAAAACAAGCAGGAUUUUCAAAGAACAUGACCAAACCUGAACUUUCUCACACCAACAUCAUCAAAAGUGAACCUUCCAAGGAUCUCAGGUCACAACAAUCUUCUCAGAAAGGCAUGAUACAACCUAUGUCUUCCCACAACAAUAUAACACAAACUGGGCUCUCCCAAGAUAACAAAACAAGAAGUAAACCUUCCCAAAACAGCAGACAGUCUGGACCUGCCCAAAACAGCAAAAUGAAUGAAACUUCUCACAACAGAAUAGCACGAACUGGGCCUGCUCAAGAUGGUAAAACAGGGAAUAAGCCUUUCCAAAGUAGUAGAACACAAACUGAACCUUUCGUAGAUCAAAAACCAAACGGUGGAUCAUCCCAGAUUAUCAUAGCCCAAACCAGAACCUCUCAGGAUAGUCAAACAAAAAGUGGCCUUUCCCAGAACAACACAACACAAAAAGAGACUUCUAUGAAUAACAUGACGCAAAGUGAAAUUUUACAAGACAGCACAAGACAAGCUGGAUCUUCCAAGAACACUGUAACACAAGGAGGAUCUAAGAGCACCAUGACACAGGUUGGAAGACUCAAGAACAACAUACCACCAUCAGGACCUUCCAAAAACAAUGCUCCACAAACUGAAACUUCCAUGAAUAGCAUAACACAUUCUACACCUUCCCAGAACAUACCACAAACUGCACCUUCCAACAGCAGGAUGACAAAAGGUGGACUUUCCAGAGGCAGCAUAAUGCAAGCUGGACCAUCCCACAACAAUAUGGCAAAAGUUGAACCCUCCAAGGACAGCAUAAUACAGCACAGACCUCAGAGUAGGGAGACAACAGCUGGUCCUUCCCAGAACACAAAAGCUGAGCCUCCUAAAAUUCCCCUAAAAGAAACAGAACCAUCAAUGUACAGUGUAAUAUCUGAACCCUCUAGAAACAGCACCCCACAGAGCCAGUCUUUCAGAAGCAGUGUAACACAAAGUGGGCCUGCCAAGAACAACAAAACACAAGUGGGACCUUCCAAGAACAACAAAACACAAGUGGGACCUUCCAAGAACAACAAAACACAAGUGGGACCUUCUAAGAUGCCUAUAACACAGAUAAGAACUAUAAACAGUCUGGCACAAACUGAACUUUCCAAAAAGGAUCUACCACCAAGUCAACCUUCUGUGAGUCAAGUGACAAAUGCUGGACCCUCCAAAAGGAACAUAACACAAUCUGGGCCUCUCAGGAAUACCAUGACACAACCUGAACUUUCUAAAGGCAGCACAGCACAACCUGGAUCUACCUUAAAUAAGGUAAACCAAGCUAGAUCUUCCACAGAUAGUGUAAAACAUUCUAAGCUUUCCACGAGUAAUAUCCUGCAAACCAGAGUUUCCAUGAGUACUGCAAAACAAACUAGACCUGUGAAUGAUAUAGCACGAGCUAGACCUGCAAAUAAUGUAACACAAGCCAAAGUAUCUACAAAUAAUGCAAAACAAACCAGACCUUCUAUGAAUAAUGCAACACAAGCCGAAUCCACGAAUAAUGUACAACAAACUGAAGCUUCCACUAAUAAUGUACAGCAAACCACAGUUUCCACAAAUAACGUAACCCAAGAUAAACCUUGCACAGAUAAUGUAUCACAACCCAAGCCAUUGAAUAACAUAAAACAAACAAGACCUUCCUCAGACAAUACAACACAUCCCAGACCUUCCACGAAUACUGUAACUCAAGCCAAACCCUCCAUGAAUAAUGUGCAGCAAACAAAAGCUUCAACGAAAAAUUUAACACAAGCCAGACCUUCGACAGAUACUAUAAGACAACCCAGACCUUCCACAGAUAAUAUACAAAAAGCCAAUCCUUCCACAGAUACUAUAAGACAACCCAGACCUUCCACAGAUGAUGUGCAGCAAGCAAAACCUUCCAUGGAUACUGUACAACAAACCAGACCUUCUACUGAUAAUGUGCAACAAGCCAGACUUUCCGCAAGUAUUUUAAGACAAGCCAAACCUUUUACAAAUAACGUAUCACGAGGCAAACCUUCCACUGAUAAUGUAACAAAAGUCAGACCUUCCAGGAGCAGCAUAGCACAAGCUGGACUCUCCGUUAACAGCAUGACACAAGCUGAACCUUCCACAAGCAGUGUAACACAACCUGCGCCUCCCUCGUGUAGCAUGACUCAAGCUGGACCGCCCAAGAGCCACACAGCACACCCUGGCCCAUCCACAAGCAUAGCACAACCUGGUCCUUCCACCAAUAGGACACCACAGGUUGGGCCCUCAAGUAACAGUAAGAUACAAGAUAGACGUUUAAGCACUGGUAAGACAAAGGCUGAACCCUCUGAGAAAUGCCUACCAUCACCCUCCAGUACUCUUAACCCACCAGCUGAACCUUCCAAGAAUAGACCAGAGAAGCCUCCUAAAACUCACACCACACCAAUGGGAGCUUCCAAUAACAGUACAAAACAAGCUGGUCCUUUUAUAACACCAGCUGGACCUGUCAGUAGCCACAACGAACAAACUGGACCUUCCAAGAACAAUGUGUUAUCAUAUGGGUCAUCCAAGGCUCAAACUACAGUGGCUGGACCUUCCAAGAGUGUUUUGACAAUGGAUUGUCCCUCCAAAAAUCAAGGUACAUCAACUGGACCUUACACCAACAGUAGGACACCUAGUAAAGCUUUCAACAAUCAAGGCACACCAUCUGGACCUUACACCAACAAUAUGACACCCAGCAACACUUUCAACACUCAUGUCUCACCAUCAGAGCCUUACCCAAACAGUAUGAUACCCAGUAAAGAUUUCAACACUCAAACCAUGCCAUCCGCGCCUUACGCAAACAAUAGAACAUCCAGUAUACCUUUCAACACUCAAGCUGUACCAGCAAGACCCUCUAAGAACCUAAUGACACCAUCCCAAAAUUAUAGGCUCACCAAAAAUUUAACCACACCAACUGGAACCCCCAACAUUAUUGUGAAAAGAGUUAGACCCUCCGAAAAGCAAAGUACACCAGCCAGGCCUUCUAUAAAUUGCAACACACCAAAUAGACCUUUCAAGAGCCACAUGCCACAAAAUACACCAACUCAGAAGCAGAUAUCAAAGGCAAGAUCAACAGAAAGUCCAAAAGUAUUGGAUCGACCUUCCUGGCACCUCAUGACACCAAGAAGACACUCUGAACACCCAGAAAGAAUGCCUGAGACUGGAGUGCCAAGGAGGUCUUCAGAACCUGUAACACCAUCCAGGCAUUCCGUGGCUAUAGGAACACCAGGUGGGCCUUCCAAACCGUUCAUAACACCAGUACGAUCUCCAGUGAAUGCCAGGACACCAAUUCAAACUCCAGGCAGUGUUUCUAGUCCAUUCAUGCCGUUGCUGCAUGCAGUUUCACCUGUUGAACAUAAUGUCCAUUCUCCACUGCCACUGGUGCCUCUGCUCAAGCCUGUGACGCCCAUGAGAUGCCCAGCACAGCCCAUGGCCCAAUGUACCGCUGAGACUAAGACAACCCCCAUAGUAAUUGGCAGACAAAUAUUGGCUAAGGAUCUGAAAGCUGGAUUUGGGGAUCUUGGGCCAUUCUCAAAUAGCACAGGAGCAGCUGAUUCCCAAACACUGCAUCAUUUACCAUCUACAGACAAAAUAAAUCCUAAUGCCAUGAAAAAAUACCAAAUUAAUCCUAUGCAGCCAGUACUCCCAGAUCCUUCUCCUCCCUCUCUGGCCACAGCAGCCAGCUCUUCCUUGCCUCUGAUGGAGAAAGCAAUGAUGCCUUUGUCCCCACCAGAGAUUGUAUCACCCAGACCCCCUAGUAAUGCAGUAAAGAUGUCUCUAAUGCCAUCUCAGCCUUCCAAGGACCCUCUGGCUCCCCCAUACAUAGCAAAGCUCCAUGUUGAUGCCCUGGACUUCUUGCCGGGGUUUAAGGACAGGCUACCCAGAUGCACAGCCACCAGGAGGAGCUUUGAUGCCUUAAAGCAGGACAACCAGUUUGACAGAAGUUUGUCUGAUGCCGUUCUUGCUAAAUGCCGUAACGUGCUGCCAGCAAAAGACGAGACAACAAUCAGGACCCAAAACUUGACUCCUUCUGUGCAGAUAAAGACCAGGAUCACCACAGCAGGCAGCCAGAAUCUCCAAGUGAAAGCACCAUUGCUACCAGACAAACAUGAACAGGAAGUAUCACUCGAAGGAGACUGCAAAGUGAUCAAGGAUGGCCAACUGCAUGCAGAGGGAGGAUAUGAGCAACAGCAGCACAGGGUGGGAAGGCAAAUCAGUGACCAUGAUUCUACAGGUGGGAGUGUAGGCCCUGGAUCACUUCUUGCCCCACACCAAUCCACUCCUUUAGGAAACAAAACUUCGACACCAAGGAGCAGGGAAAGCACAACAAGCCAGGCGAGGAAGGAGACUGAACACAACUCUCAGCAAAGUAACAAGAUCGGUGUUUCAAACAACUCGACAAAGAUUCAAGGACCGACCGUCUCUUUACACACAGUCAAAGUUGCACUGAAACAGAUCCCCAUGGAAAGUCUUCAGCUGCCAGUGUCUGAUGCUGAGAGGCUCCACGGCUCGAUGCCCGACAGCAGCAAGAAACCCAAAAAGGGCCGCCGUAAGUGGAAUCCAGAAAAGGAAAUUCUGAAGCAGGUCUUUUUGCCAGUCCUCCCAGAGCGAUGCAGUGCGAGGAAGGCAGCAACAUGUCUUUGUGAACAAAGCGAAUUAAACUUGAGUGAUAAGGAAAAUAUCCCUCCGCCAAAGAGUCAUGAUACAGAUGGAAGGGAGAAGGCUAAGGGUAAGACCAAGGUAAUUGUCAGUGUGAAGACCCCUCAGACAAAACCUCGAUCAGUGGUGGAGAAGAGAGAGACCACACCAGUCCAGUCCAGGGCAGCCACUCCUGAGCCAACGGGAGACAUGAAAACGAUGCCAGACCCCAAGGAACGUUACCGAGGCGUGGUUUUGAGCCCCAAAGUGUUUGUCGUCAGGAUCAACAACAGGAAAAUCCGGAGUGCCAUGAGGAAGGCGGAGGAAUAUAAGGCAGAGCAGAUGGCUAAUGAAAAGAACUCCGGGACUAAAGCAGAUGAUAAAGUGAAGAUGAAACGGAAGAAAUCAGACAAGGAGAAACCCAAACCCCAAACAAAGCAAGUGUCAGAGAGAGGUAAGAGGAAGGCAGCUCGUCCACCACCUACACCUACACCCUUACACACCCCAUCUGAGUCUGCAGUUCAGGUUACUCCAGAAGCACAACAAGACAAGAGUUGCAGCCUUCCUGAAGAUGAUAAAAAGGACUCUCUACUAAAUGAUGACGAAAUCUUCACCUCUCAAAAGCUGAAGUCUCCUAAACCGUUCAGUAGUUCAUCUAACCUGCCACUUGGUGUGAAGCAGAGAGUGGUAAAGACAGGAGUGGUUGAUACAUUGCUCAAAAAACUCCAGCUGGACCAAGAGGUAUCUGACUUCACCGAACCUGCCAGUAGCCACACACCACUAGCCACAUGCAUGAAAUCUGAACAGCUGGAAAUACAUGAACCCCGAACACCAGGACACAUCAUGAACUUCCUCCCACGGCUCUCCCAGGCACUUACAUCUAUAACCAAGGCACGCAGACACUUGAAAACCCCCAGACAGCCUAAGAGACGCCUUCCCUGUAACCCUCCCCCAUUCACUCCAGCCAAACGCCAAAGAAAGAGACAGCUGAAAAGCAGAGAAAUAAAAGCAAAUGACAAAGGCCAUUGUACGCCUGUAGACAUCGAAGGAAUGAUAGUGAAGAAAAAGUAUCCACAACCAUGCCAGCUUGCGCCUGAAGGAAACACCGAACUAGAAGACUUUGACCUGAAGGAGAAGACUGCGAGUCCCUGUUGUGUUAAAGUGAGGAAGGUAGAAGACAACGAUGCCAGUAGAAUGAACAUGAUGGUGAGCCAAGAGGUGCCAAGGGAAGGAAAAGGAAAUUUCAGUCUCAAGCAAGAAGCAGAAAGCAAGAAUGAGGAGGAUACACAAGACUUCAAACCCUCAGGCGCAGCAAAUGUAGCAAAGAGGAGGUCAAGGCCGGCCAAGGCAUCUACCGGAAAGGACUUAAAACCGCAACAACAGACAUCGACAGAAAGAAAAACAGGUUCGAAUGUACAGAGGGAAGCAAGAAACAGUAAGGAAGACACAUUAGAUCACGAAAAACCUGCCAGUGAGGACAAAGUAGCAAAAAGGAGGAAACUGAAUAAGGAACAAGAAGGCAGUGAACAGAGUGAAUUGAAGCAGCAGCCAUCGCAGGAAGGAAAGUCUGAUCUCAGUGUCAAGACGCAAAUCAAAGGAGGCGAUGAAGGAUCUCAAGACCAACAAACAGGUGCUUUUAAAGACAAGACGAGAAAGCCGAGACCCCAAGCCAGGCGUGGAGAGGGAUGGACCAAGCCACGAACAAGAAACAGACAGCGAAAAGGUCAAGCUGAGAGGAGUCAACUUGACCAACCCAACCCUGAGGAAAAUCAUAGCCAUACACAAACAUACAUAGACCUUAAACAAACCCACACAAACCCAACACACAUACACACAAGCCCUACACACACUCACACAAACCCUACAUACGCAAACACUUCACCUACACAAAGCCCCCGCAAACCUACACCCACACACACAAACUGUACACAAAUGGACACAAACCCUUCUUCACACAUGGAAAACAAACGUACACAUACACCCAGCAAACGCUCACACACACACUCUAACUACACGCACACACCUAAGAUUCCUACACAGACUUUCACAUCCCCCUCUGAACACAAACACCCACACACAUAUCCCUCAUCCCAACCCACAUUUACUCAUUCACAGCCUCACAUGUCACACACACUCCAAAAACACACACAUUCACACACCACUCUUGCACACUCACACACUGCACCAACACAUACACAAACCAGCCUCACAUACACUCACUUUAAACCCAUGCAAACAGGCAUUGAGUCUACCCACACGCACAGCUCACCCUCACACAUACACACUGCACCAACAUAUACACAAACUACCCUCACAUACACUCACUUUAGGCCCAUACAAACAGGCAUUGAGUCUAGCCACACGCAUAGCUCACACUUACCCACACACACCAUCACCAGUAAAUGUUCUUCCACUCCAUCACAGAUACCAUUACUAACCAAGAUGAAGGUAGAUAAAUACAAGCGCCUGUCGUACCGCCUCCACAGAGCUCGUUUUCGAAGAGGAUACACCUGAGUAACGACGGAAUGGGUUGAAAGGUGUGACAUGUAUCGUUCCGUGUGUAUUUGGGAUAUUUUUAAGAUUUGUAGACACCGUUCCAGUUGGCAUUCAGAGCGGGAAUAAAAUGACUUAGAGGGGUUGCUGAGGUGUAGAAGAACUCCAAGUUAAUGAGGUUUUAGUUGAUGUGAGCACCAGCUGGAAUGGUGCCUGGAAACCUUACUGGAAUGGAGUGGGAAUCAAACUGGAAUGAUGCCUUGAAACCUACUGUAAUGGGGUGAAAAUGGUACCUGGAAAUCUAACUGGAAUGGUGACUGAAAACCUAACUGGAAUGGAGUCUGGGAAUCUAACUGGAAUGGUGACAAUCUGACAGGAACAGUGUCUGAAACUCUAAUUGAAAUGGUGACAGAAACUAACUGGAAUGAUGCCUGAGAACAUAACUGGAACGGUGUCUGAAACCUUAAUUGGAAUGGUGACUGGGAAUCUAACUGGAAUGGUGCCUAAAAAUUGACAAACCUCUGAUUUCCUAUUCACUUGACUAUUGCAAAAUUUGUAGUGAUGUAAAAUGUAUGGGAUUUUUUUGUUGAUUUUAUAUUUAUUUAUUUAUUUAUUUAUUUAUUUAUUUUUGUUACUCUAAUGGUGAAAAUGUAUUGAAUAUUUUCUAUUGUUGUGCAUGUAAAUAGGUUUCCUAGAGGUUCCUUUUUUUCUCAUUAAUCCAAGACAAGCGAGGAAGUUACACUGACCUACAUUCUAUUCUAUGAUUUGUUUUUAAUUUGUGAGUGGAAAACAUCAUAAUUCUGUUAAUAGGAUUCCUGACUUUCCUGUACAAUACAUGUCCCUAUAAGAUGUUUAGUUGCACCCAUACGUCUAUUUUUUCCCCCUUGAUGCCACCAGACCCAAGCACCAACCCUUGCCUUAAGUCCUGCCAUGGCCUCAGCACCUGGGUCAUGGCACUCGCUUCUAGAAAUCCUUCAUUUUUUAAUAGCACUUUGAAUUAAUACCUGCUUGUGACAUUUUACAUAUUUUGUGGCAAUUCUAUUUUGUGUUAACUUUCAUUCAAUAAAAAAAAUGUUCUUCUAUCUUUCUUUUAGAUCUCAACAACUCACAAGCCUAGAAUGCAUUUAUAUAUACAUAAAAAAAAAGGAUUGAACUGAUUUUAAGCUCAAGGGCUUGGAUAAGUUCAUUUGUAUAAGAAUUCAUACACGGAAAGCCCAGAAUGAUCUCACUGGCCCUGCAUCCCGGGUAAUGGGUUACUGCCUGCCACAAACUCCAAAGCCAAUGUGGUGAUGAUGGAGCACCACAGCUUUAGCAUAUGCCCCUAAUUAUUAUGUGUAAAUGUUGACUCCCUUUCUAAGGCUACAACAGGUUCAGUUGAAUAAAGUAUUAACUUUAGACCCCAGAAAGUCCAUAUGCAAAUGUUGACACCCUAAUUUUGGCCCUAAAAAAUAAAUAUAAAAUAUAUAUGUAUCCUAUCUGAAUUUAUGGCACACAAAAAAGCUACAAAAACAACCCCCAUUAGCCUGACACCUGUUUCCAGUCUUACCUGGCUUGCCCUCGAGGGGUGAGAGGCCUGGCUGGGGCAUGGGAGGGAAAGGAGGAAUGUUGGACCUUUAAAAAAGAAAGAUAAUUAAUCCUUGCCAUUAAUAUCAAGAACUGUUAAGUGUUUUCAAUGCCAAUCAUGAAAAAUAGAAUAUAGGUUAACAGCAAUUCUGUUUUAGUGUUAACUUUCCAAUAACAUCAUACAAAAAUAAUUUUGUCAAACAUAAGAUUGCCCUCCAUAACCUGCCCUGCCUCCAUGGACAUCACUCUGUCUCCAGAAGGGGACACGCAGGCUUCACACACUUUCGCUCAUUUAGAGAAACUAAAUCAAAUACAUAAAAGUUCAUGCAGUAGCUACAAAUGCUAUAUAAAUGUUUAUUCGUUUCUUAAUUUUUCAUCACCUUCAAGAGGGGCGUAUCGAGA